AUCCUGAUGGCCCCUGGCCAAAGUUGCUGUGCCCUGGCUAUCCUGCUGGCAAUUGUGAACUUCCAACAUGGUGGAUGCAUUCAUGUCACCAGCUCAGCAUCCCUGAAAGGAGGGCAACUGGACUUCACCUGUACUUUGUGGCACAAGAAAGACGAAGCUGAGGGGCUAAUACUCUUCUGGUGCAAAGACAGACCUCAUAAUUGUUCCCCUGAGACCAGCUUACAACAGCUAAGGGUUAAAAGGGAUCCUGGGACAGAUGGCAUCACUGAAAAGUCAUCUCAGUUGGUGUUUACCAUAGAACAAGCUACACCAUCAGACAGUGGGACCUACCAGUGCUGUGUCAGAAGCCAGAAGCCAGAAUUCUAUAUUCAUGACCAUUUUCUCUCUGUUCUAGUCACAGGGAACCACACAGAGAUAAGACAGAGACAAAGGUCACACCCUGACUUCAACCAUAUCAACGGCACUCUCAGUUCAGGCUUCCUGCAAGUAAAGGCUUGGGGGAUACUGGUCACCAGCCUGGUGACCCUUCAAGCUCUACAAACCUUGCAACAAUGA